CUUGUAUACAGUAGGAUGGAUGGUGGUGGGUCUACUCCCUGUAUCUCUCCAUGGUGUGGGGAGAAAUGGGAACUACUGAACUGUGAUGAAACUGAUUGUAAUGGAAAUGGAGUUUGUACUAAUGGAUCUUGUAAGUGUAAAGCAGGAUGGUAUGGUAGUCUCUGUGAGAAAUCUUGUCCACAUAAUAGAUAUGGUCCUGGUUGUGAAUACUCUUGUUAUUGUAAUGAUAAUGGAGUAUGUCAUCAUGUAACUGGAUCAUGUAUAUGAAAUACAGGAUAUACUGGAUCACACUGCAUG